CGCGCGACCCGCUCUCAGUCGAAACAAAGUGGCGAGCGCGAGCAAGAGCGCGAACGGCCGAGAAUGAAGCGCGCGAGUCCGCGGGAAUAACCGAGGCGUCGAAGAAGAGUUUGAUUUUUUUUUUUAUUUUAAAAAUUAAUUUUUUUUUUAGUGUGAGAAACUUGUGAAAGUGGUCGGAGAAACAUGGAUACGCCGGUGGCGCUGGUCCUCUCGCUGCUCCUCCUGUCGCUCGUUCUCGGAGUGGGAGCACAGUUCACCGCAGGUGGCUGUACAUUUGACAAUGGCCCCGCGCAGUGUGACUACCAGCAGGACCCCUACAAUGAUUUUGACUGGACACAUGUGAGCGUGCAGGAGGGGCCAUACCUGUCCCCAGAACUCCCCCAAGGUUCCUACAUGAUGGUGGACACCUCGCAACAUGAUGCUGGGGAGAAGGCUCGCAUUCAACUUCCAGUGAUGAAAGAGAACGACACCCACUGCAUCGACUUCAAUUACCUGCUGUACUCCCAGGGUGGAUCUAGCCCUGGGACGCUCAACGUCUUAGUCAAAGUAAACAAGGGACCGCUGGCUAAUCCCAUCUGGAAUGUGACCAGUUACACUGGGAAGGACUGGCUUCGAGCAGAACUAGCCGUGAGCACAUUCUGGCCCAACGAGUACCAGGUCAUAUUCGAAGCUGAAGUCUCCGAUGGGAAGGCUGGUUACAUCGCGAUUGAUGAUAUCCAGGUCCUUAGCUAUCCAUGUGAUAAAUCGCCUCACUUCUUGCGCCUGGGAGACGUGGAAGUCAACGCCGGGCAGAAUGCCACCUUCCAAUGCAUUGCCACCGGCCGGGAUGCUGUGAAUAACAAGAUGUGGCUGCAGAGACGAAAUGGAGAAGACAUUCCCGUGGCACAAACUAAGAACAUCAACCACAGGAGGUUUGCGGCCUCAUUUAAGCUGAAGGAAGUAACGAGCCUGGACCAGGACCUGUAUCGAUGUGUCACCCAAUCAGAGAGAGGAUCAGGAGUGUCUAACUUCGCUGGGCUCAUAGUUAGAGAACCUCCUCGCCCCAUUGCUCCCCCUCAGCUUCUGGGAGUGGGACCUACGUACCUCCUUAUCCAGCUCAAUGCCAACUCUAUAUUUGGUGAUGGGCCUAUCAUCUUGAAGGAAGUGGAGUACCGUAUGACUUCGGGAAGCUGGACGGAAACACAUGCUGUCAAUUCACCCAACUACAAGCUGUGGCACCUGGACCCAGACACGGAGUAUGAAAUCAGGGUUCUCCUAACACGUCCGGGUGAGGGGGGCACUGGGCAGCCGGGACCGCCACUCAUCACCAGGACUAAAUGUGCCGAACCGAUGCGGACACCGAAGAGUCUGAAGAUUGCCGAAACCCAGGCCCGGUUCAUUGCAGUUGACUGGGAGUCGCUGGGGUACAACAUCACACGCUGCCACACGUUCAAUGUCACAAUCUGCUAUCACUAUUACAGUGCCAAUAAUGAGACUAAAGCAGACUGUUUGGACAUGGACCCCAAAGCACCGCGCCACGUAGUAGGCAACCUGCCCCCCAACACUAAUGUGAGCCUAAAGAUGAUCCUCACCAACCCAGAGGGUCGCAAGGAGAGUGACGAGACCAUCAUCCAAACAGAUGAGGACGUGCCUGGCCCCGUUCCCAGUAAGUCUAUGAAAGCUACCCCAUUCGAAGAUCGCAUCUUCUUGUACUGGAGGGAACCUCUGGAGCCCAACGGGAUCAUCACUCAGUAUGAGAUCAGCUACAGCAGUGUGCGUUCCUUUGACCCCUCUGUGCCGCUGCUCCGGCCACCUCUCACCGUGUCACUGCCAUGGAACAGCUCCCACCAUCUCUUCUCGCAGCUCUAUCCGGGCACCACCUACCAGUUUGUCAUCCGUGCCAGCACAGUCAAGGGCUUUGGACCACCCACCACUCUCAACGUCACCACCAACAUAUCUGCUCCGACACUUGAGGAGUACGACGGCUCUGAGGCUUUUCUCAACGAGACCGCCACCACCAUCACUGUCCUGCUGAAACCUGCCCAAGCCAAGGGAGCCCCCAUCAGCGCUUACCAGAUUGUCGUAGAGGAACUGAACCCCCAUCGCACACGCAGGGAGGCCAGCUCCGUCGACUGCUACCAGGUGCCCGUCUCCUUCCAGAGUGCCUCCAGUGGUGGCUCCCCGUACUACUUUGCUGCUGAACUGCCCCCAAGCACUCUCCCUGAGCCGUCCCCAUUCACUGUGGGUGACAAUAAGACCUACCAUGGCUUCUGGAACCCCCCGCUGGCCCCCAGGAAGAACUACAACAUCUACUUCCAGGCGGUCAGCAGCGUGGAGAAGGAAACAAAAACUCAAUGCCUUAGACUUGCAACGAAAGGAGCAACAGAGGAACCGGAGGUGAUCCCAGACCCUGCCAAACAGACUGACCGGGUGGUGAAGAUCGCAGGCAUCAGUGCUGGGGUUCUAGUCUUCAUCCUGUUGGUCCUUGUUGCAAUCUUGUUGGUCAAGAAGAGGAGGAGUUACUAUUCUUACUCGUAUUACCUGAAACUUGCAAAGAAGCGCAAAGAUGCUAUUGGAAACACACGGCAGGAGAUGACCCAUAUGGUGAACGCCAUGGACCGCAGCUACGCCGAUCAGAGCACCCUCCAUAAUGAGGAUCCCAUGUCUGUCACCUUCAUGGACUCGCACAACUUCAACAACAGGUUGCCCAAUGAUCCACUUGUGCCAACCGCAGUUCUAGAUGAGAAUCACACAGCAGCGGCUGAGUCGAGUCGCCUACUUGACGUACCACGUUACCACUGUGAGGGGACCGAGUCGCCCUACCAAACAGGCCAGCUGCAUCCGGCCAUUCGUGUGGCUGACCUUCUGCAGCAUAUCAACCUCAUGAAAACGUCCGACAGCUAUGGCUUCAAGGAGGAGUAUGAGAGUUUCUUCGAGGGCCAGUCUGCUUCAUGGGAUGUGGCAAAAAAGGAACAGAACCGAACAAAAAAUCGAUAUGGAAAUAUUAUUGCUUAUGAUCAUUCUAGAGUGAUUCUGCAACCAAUGGAAGACGAUCCCUCAUCCGACUACAUCAAUGCCAACUACAUCGAUGGUUAUCAAAGGCCAAGUCAUUACAUUGCUACCCAAGGGCCAGUCCAUGAGACUGUUUAUGACUUCUGGAGAAUGAUCUGGCAAGAGCAGUCGGCAUGCAUCGUCAUGGUCACCAACCUAGUUGAAGUUGGAAGGGUGAAGUGUUACAAGUACUGGCCAGAUGAUGCUGAGGUUUAUGGAGAUUUUAAAGUAACAUUUGUAGAAGUGGAGCCACUUGCAGAAUAUGUUGUCAGAACAUUCACACUAGAAAGGAGAGGCUUUAAUGAGCUCCGGGAGGUGAAGCAGUUUCACUUCACAGGCUGGCCUGAUCAUGGCGUGCCCUAUCAUGCCACGGGCCUCCUAUCUUUCAUCCGUCGUGUCAAGAUGUCCAACCCACCCAGUGCAGGUCCCAUCGUGGUCCACUGCAGUGCUGGAGCUGGCCGGACAGGUUGUUACAUUGUGAUCGACAUCAUGCUGGACAUGGCGGAACGGGAAGGGGUGGUGGACAUCUAUAACUGCGUGAAGGCCUUGCGCUCACGGCGCAUCAACAUGGUUCAGACUGAGGAGCAGUACAUCUUUAUCCAUGAUGCCAUCCUGGAGGCCUGCCUUUGCGGCGAGACAGCCAUUCCAGUCUGUGAGUUUAAAGCAGCCUAUUAUGAGAUGAUCAGGAUAGACUCGCAGAGCAACUCCUCACAUCUGAAGGAUGAAUUUCAGACCCUGAACUCAGUGACACCCCAGCCACAACCCGAGGACUGCAGUAUCGCUCUUCUCCCCAGAAACCAUGAGAAGAACCGCUUCAUGGACAUGUUGCCUCCAGACCGCUGCCUGCCCUUCCUCAUCACCAUCGAUGGGGAGAGCAGCAAUUACAUCAAUGCUGCGCUUAUGGACAGCUACAGGCAACCAGCUGCUUUCAUUGUCACUCAGCACCCACUGCCCAACACUAUCAAGGACUUCUGGAGGCUGGUGUAUGACUAUGGCUGCACGUCACUCGUCAUGCUCAAUGAGAUAGACCUAGCCCAGGGCUGUCCUCAGUACUGGCCUGAAGAAGGAAUGCUCCGAUAUGGUCCUGUCCAAGUUGAAUGUAUGUCUUGCUCCAUGGAUUGUGACGUUAUUAGUCGACUCUUCAGAAUAUGUAACCUAACCAGACCCCAGGAGGGAUACUUGAUGGUGAGGCAGUUCCAGUAUCUGGGUUGGGCAGGCCACAGAGAAGUGCCAGCAUCCAAGCGCUCCUUCCUGAAACUCAUCCUACAAGUGGACAAAUGGCAGGAAGAAUGCGAGGAAGGAGAAGGUCGCACUGUUAUCCACUGUCUGAAUGGAGGAGGACGUAGCGGAGUGUUCUGUGCUAUUAGCAUCGUGUGUGAGAUGAUUAAACGGCAGAAUGUGGUGGAUGUGUUCCACGCAGUGAAGAGUCUACGUAACAGCAAGCCCAACAUGGUGGAAAGUCCAGAGCAGUACCGCUUUUGCUAUGAUGUUGCUUUGGAGUACAUUGAAUCUUCUUAACCGGGACGAAGCAUUCCAGGACUUUCUGGGGACCCACAGCAUUUUGCUAAGGCUUAAAGCUUGGCAAUAUCCACUUUUUAUGAACAGCUAAUUUAGCUGAUAUGAGGG